GCGUCGGCACCGCUUAUCAGCGCCCGGUAAAGAUAACUAACGAGUAAUUGCCUCGCCACGACUCGAACGGCGGCACCGUGUUCCGAUCUACGUCGACUGCGUCAUGCCGCUUUGCACGAUUAAAACGAAUCUGCUGGCGAGCAGAAUUCCGAACGGAUUCAACGUCAAGUUUGCCCAGUAUGUUGCCUCGCUCCUGAAGAAAGAUAUCGAGAAAGUGACCGUCAUUGUGGAGCCCGGUGUGGACAUGUCUAAGGGCGGCACGACCGAUCCCAACUGUCUCUGCUCGAUUCACUCAAUCAGCGUCUUCUCUCCGGAAAAGAACCAGGAUUACGGCAGCCAACUGAGGCAGUUCAUCUCGGAAAACUUGGCAGUGCCGCCGAAGAGGAUUGUUAUAACCUUAUUCGACCUGAGUCCCACCGAUCUCGUUGUCGCCUGAGAGGCCUUUCGUCGUUGUAGUUUUUUUCCUUCAUUGCCGUCGCCGGCUUCAUGAACGCUGUGGCAUUUGCGUACCAUUAUGUGCAAUAAAGAGUUUCAUUCAUCGUGA